ACGGAGGCUUGGACUCCCCCUACCCAGAGAAAUCUUCCUUGCAAAGGGGAAAUUGGGAAAAUAACCUGAAAGCGGACUUGAAUAGCUCUAACCCGAGCCAAAAUGAUGAGCCCGGAAGUGAGAAACAGGAAGUAGGUCAGGGAGGACAGUAAUAGGGUUACACCCAAGCGUGGGUUUCCAAGGCGCGGAAUCUUCCGUGCACACCGAUUUAAAGCGCCGAGGAAGGGGCCCUGGGACCAUGGCUUUCCCUGAGCCAAAGCCGCGGCCACCGGAGCUGCCGCAGAAACGGUUGAAGACUCUGGACUGCGGGCAAGGGGCAGUGCCAGCCGUACGAUUUAACGUGGAUGGCAAUUACUGCCUGGCGUGCGGCAGCGACAAGACCCUGAAACUGUGGAACCCACUUCGGGGAACGCUGCUGCGGACGUACAGCGGCCACGGCUACGAGGUGCUGGAUGCCGCCGGCUCCUUUGACAACAGCAGUCUCUGCUCCGGCGGCGGCGGAGACAAGGCGGUGGUCCUGUGGGAUGUGGCAUCGGGGCAGGUCGUGCACAAAUUCCGGGCCACGCAGGGAAGGUGAACACG